AUGCUUUGCACAUCAAAUCAAUUGGACCAGGUGCGCUUCUGGCAUCUUUCUAUAUAUACACUUGAGUGUCAUUGUGAGCCUGUGCUUCUCCUCAUUACUAUCUCACCGACCAAUGACAUUCAACUUUUGCAGGUAAUACCCAUGCUUCCGGAUAUCCUCUCCCAACAUUUGUGCAGCCUGCAGCCCUGCGCUGAUAGGCUUGCAUUCUCAGUCCUUUUGACUGUUCGGUCAUCUGGCGAAAUCAAGAAGACCUGGUUUGGCCGCAGUAUUAUUCGCUCUUGCGCGAAGCUCUCGUACGAUCAAGCCCUCGCUCUGUUAGAGCAUUCUCAUCUGCCUAUCCACGAUCCGAAGAUGAAAGAGCUCGCUAAAUUGCUCCCCAUCCCGGAAUCGCCGUUCCGUUUGACACAUGUCCGUGAUUCGCUGAUCAAAUUAAAUGAGAUUGCUAGGAAUUUACGAAAACAGCGUAUUGCGAACGGCGCCUUGACUCUGCAGAAAUGCAAAAUUGAAUUCGACCUUCCCUCAGCUACUUUUGAUCCAGAUCCCACAGAAUUUGUCGACACGGAUGCGAUACUCCACAACCGUGGAACCGUUUGGCCCCGUGGUUACUCUGUCCAGGCACCCAGCAUUAGCCAUCAGCUAAUUGAGGAGUGGAUGCUAGCGGCUAAUCAAGCAGUUGCCAGGCGCCUGUUUGCCGCAUAUAAGGACCACCUGACCACUACAAAACCCCAUUGGCCCGGUGCUCUUCUCCGUCGCCACAAUCCGCCUUCUAAAGAACAUAUCAAGGAGAUUGCCAACCUCUUAUCCUCCGAUGGGAUAACCCUGCAAGACGGGAGUUCCAGAUCCAUUUCGGCCACUUUAUAUCGUCAUAACGAGAGGCUUAUAGAAUCUGGAUGCAGCGACAAAGAACGCAAGGCGGUAAUGGACGCUUUGUCUCACCUCAUCUACCUCCGGAUGAAGAUGGCCACUUACUUCAGCUUGGACGAUUUGUUGCACACGAAAUCACUUUCUGCUAAGUCUGUGCUAUCCGACCCGGAGGCUAUAUUCCAGCACACUUGGCAUUACGGCUUAAGUGUGCCCUUGUAUACCCAUUUCACUUCACCAAUCCGGCGAUACGCAGAUUUGUUGGUGCACAGGCAACUGGAUGCAAUUCUCUCACAGUCAUCAAACAGGGCAGCGUCUGUUCGAUCCCAUUCCACCCACUUACCGUUGCUAAGGCUCGCAUGGAAAGCGGCUUGGUGCAACAAUCAACGCAUGAUGUCACGCCGAGCCCAGGAGGCCAGUCAACAAUUGUUUCUCACUGCCUGCAUACGAGACUGCGGACCACUUCGCAUGGAUGCCACGGUGUUGGAUCUGACCAACUCUAAUAUCAAAGUCUUCCUGUCGGAUUUCGGAGUGAUUAUCAGCUGUGCACUGAAAAAGUUCAUGAUUCACACCCAGAAAUGGGACGUCAUCACAAUCGACAGACAAGACGAUUCAGAUGCCAGCACAUCCAGUUCCGCUGGAAAGCAACCAGGAAUCGCAGUGAUCGUUGAAUGCGAUUCGGAGACGACGCAACAGCCCUCUUCUUCUGAUCGAACCGUGUCUCGAAAGGAAUUUCGUUGCCUAUCCGUGAUACCUUGCCGUGUUUACAGCCGAAACGAUCGCCUGGUUAUGCACGCCGAGUACUUCCCGAACGACGAUCCUUCAGAGUCGGACGACAUGGAACACCACGACUCGGUUUCACCGUGAUGGCAGGAGCCUUAUCAAAUUACUCUAAUGCCACCCAUACGUCGACGCGAAGGCCAAGACGCCAGACGUGUUUUGUUUGUACAUCCUAAUCGUCCCUUUUGCGACACGUGUACAAAUUGUUCAAUACUUUUCUAUUUAGAAUGAUGUUGAUGAACGUCUCGCCCUCUUCACUGUCUUUCUCCGUACUCUGUUGAUUUCGAUGCAGGUCCACACAUUCUUGCAUUAAAGCCACGUCCCCC